AUGAAGGUAACUUCGGUAGGCUGUGCCCUUGGUGCACUUUUAGGCAUCGCUGUCGCUGCAUUUGCACAUCCUGGUCAGGUUGCGUUUCGAAUUGAGGAGGAGAAGGAUCUGGCUGACUAUAACUUUUGGCCAAAGGAAAUUGAUCACUUAAUUGAGUCCUUUGAUUUACUGACGGUACCUAAGGAUGAUCAAUUGCUGCUUUUAGUUGCUUGGAAAGACAUGAAGCGUGAAUUGGAUCCAACCCAAUUUUCGGCCUUGUUAAUGCCAUCAAUGUUUUCUUCAUUUAUGAAUUCACCUAGUGGUAAUAAGCCAAAGAAGCCAACUCACAAGUCUACGAAUGACAAUGAAAUCUUUACUAUGGUUAAAAAUGAGAGAUACCUGAAUUAUGGUUUGAGAAUCAAGUCCACCAAGCCAGAGGCUUUAGGUUUAGACACCGUCAAGACAUAUACCGGCUAUUUGGAUGUCGCUGACUUGGACAAGCAUUUCUUUUAUUGGUUCUUCGAAUCUAGAAAUGAUCCUAAAAAUGAUCCUGUCAUUUUAUGGUUAAAUGGUGGACCAGGAUGCUCCUCAAGUACUGGUUUAUUUUUUGAAUUAGGUCCUUCUGCUAUAAAUGCAACUCUCCAACCUGUCUUCAAUCCCUAUUCAUGGAAUACUAAUGCGUCUGUUAUCUUUUUAGACCAACCUGUUGGAGUAGGCUAUUCCUAUACUGGUGGGGACGAUGUGAAGGACACAGCAACCGCAGCAACUGAUGUGUUUGUCUUUUUAGAGUUAUUCUUUCAAAAGUUCCCGGAAUUGUUGAAGAAUACUUUCCACAUUGCUGGUGAAUCAUAUGCGGGGCAUUAUAUCCCAAAUAUUGCUAGCGAAAUUAUCAAUCAUGCUGAUAGAUCAUUUCAAUUGAGUUCAAUUUUAAUCGGAAAUGGAAUUACCGACUCUCUUAUUCAAAAUGAUUACUAUAGACCAAUGGCUUGUGGCGAAGGUGGAUAUCCUCCGGUGUUGACAACUGAACAAUGUGAUGCAAUGGAAGCAGCUGAACCCAGAUGCCGGGUGUUAUCUAAGUUGUGCUAUUCAAGACAGUCACCUGUUACAUGCAUCCCCGCUGGCUACUAUUGCAAUACAAAAUUAUAUGGUCCGUAUGACUCUACUGGUUUGAAUCCUUAUGAUAUCAGAAUACCUUGUGGUGAAGCUGAAGGGUGUUAUGCUAAUAUGGAUUACAUUGACAAGUACAUGAAUCUUGAUUACGUUAAAGAAGCUGUUGGAGCAGACCCAGAAAUAACCUUUACUGGUUGCUCUGGUCCUGUAUUCCAAAAUUUCUUCUUCAGUGGUGAUGAAGCCAAGCCUUUCCAACAAUAUGUUGCUGAAGUUUUAGAUUAUGGUGUUCCAGUUUUAAUUUAUGCUGGUGAUAAAGAUUUCAUUUGUAAUUGGCUUGGGAACCAUGCUUGGUCAGAUGCUUUAGAAUAUUCUGGACAUGAUGGGUUUUCUAAGACCCCAUUGAGACCUUGGAUCACAAAUUACGGUGAACAUGCUGGUGAAGUCAAGAAUUACGGUCAUUUUACGUUCUUGAGAAUUUUCAAUGCUGGUCACAUGGUACCUUACAACCAGCCUGAAGCAUCAUUGGAUAUGGUGAACAGAUGGAUCAACGGUGAUUAUGCGUACGCAAACUAA